GUUCCCUCUGUGGCGGUGGGUUUCGGCAACGGGUGAUGGUUCUGCUCACGUACGGAAGCUCCUCCUAAGCAUCUUCUUCGCUAAAGGACCACCCAUUCUCUCUAGUAUCUCUUUCAGAAACUCUACGAUUAUUUAGCGCCAGGAGUUGAAUUUUCCUUACUUCUUUUGGUUCACUCAGUCAUUUUGUCGAACACUUGUAAUCAUGUUGCUCAGGUCAAUUCGGCAGUUUUCGGCUCAUCGAGCGGGCAGAAGAAUUCCAAGGAAGAUUACAAAACAGAUACCCAUCUCUCUAAGAAGAGAACUAUCAACCAAACCUCAGAAGAAUGCACCCCCUGAACCUAAAUCCACAGGCAAGCCUCCUGAAUCCAGUGGCUCUUUUCCGAAAGUUGUUUUUGGAAGUGUUCUUAUUGGUGCUGCUGUUAUGGCGGCUUACCAAACUGGUUAUUUGGACCAAUAUAUUGGCCGUAAGGAUCAGCAGGAUUCUCUAAAUUUAGUUAAGGAUGAGGUUGAGAACAAGGAUGACAAAGAUAUUCAAAAGUUGGUGGAUCAAUUUGUCAAUGGUGAGGAAUUGGAUGAUGCCUCUGAGAAGGAUGUCACUGAGAAGGAUGCCUCUGAGAAGAUUGAAACUCAGUCAGACCAUCCUAUUGUUGAAGCUUUAAGUAAUAGUCAAGGUGAUGUUCAGCCUCAGGUGCAAGAAAAACCCAAGACAAACCCUGAAGAAGUUGCCAUCAAAGAAAAAGAUGUGACAGAUCUCCCACAAAGCAGUAUGACAUCUGAGGAUCAUAUUUCAAAUUCUGGGACUGCUUCUGAGGGGAGUGUGGAGGUAAAGAGUGCAGAAGAAAAUAUUAACAUGGGAUCAAAUGAGGAGGUUCAAACUUCUCCAGUAUCUAUUGAGACUAGCAAUGCUGAGAAAGAAAGUGAAGCAAAAGAAGCACCACCUGUGCAGUUUACUGUAGAGGAAAGGGAGGAGGAUGCAAUUGUUAAAGAUGUAGAAGAACCUAGCUCUCUCCUUGAGGCAUAUCAAUUAGGAGAUAAGGCCGGGGACAAUGAAACGUCUUUGCAUAGACAUGGUGGUCAUGACAACAAUGCCCUUUCCAAGGAAAAAGAGGCCUUAAGUAAUGCACUUGAGGAGUUAGAUGAUGGUUACAUAACCAAAGAUGGAAAAUUAGUUCUUGACUUUUUACAAGCCAUUCAUGCAGCUGAAAGUAGACAAGCUGAAUUAGAUGCUCGUUUGUAUAUGGAAGAAAAGAGAGCAUUGAAGGAAAAGUAUGAGAAGGAGUUGAAGGAUGCUGCAGUAAGAGAAAUGAUGCUUGCAGAAGAGGCAGCAAUGCUAGACAAGGAACUAAAGAGAGAAAGAACAAAAGCAGCUGCUGCACUCAAGUCACUUCAAGAAAAACUUGAAGAGAAAUACAAGACAGAGCUGGAACAGUUGGAGCAUGAAGCUGAAUUCAAGCUGAACAAGGUGGAAGAGUUGGCGAAAGCAGAAUUGGCUGCAAAAAUUGCUAGUGAGAAGGCAACCCAAAUUGAAAAAAUAGCAGAAGCAAAUCUUAAUAUUAAUGCCUUGUGUAUGGCAUUCUAUGCACGGUCUGAGGAGGCUCGCCGGAGUCACUCUGCUCACAAGCUUGCUUUGGGAGCACUUGCUCUGGAAGAUGCACUUUCGAAAGGGUUGCCAAUUCAGUCAGAGAUAAUGGCUUUGCGCAAUUAUCUUGAAGGAAUUGAUAAAGAUUCAAUUUUAGAUCUGGUAUUAUCAUCUCUCCCUGAAGAAACAAGAAACAGUGGCACAGACACUUUAUUGCAACUGGACCAGAAGUUUGAUGCCUUAAAAGGGACACUCCGACACUUCAGCUUAAUCCCUCCUGGCGGUGGUGGUGUUUUAACUCAUUCUUUGGCGCAUGUAGCAUCCUGGCUGAAGGUGAAGGAAGCUAGCCAAUCUGGUGAUGGAAUAGAAUCUCUCAUCAACAAAGUUGAGUCCUGUUUGGCUGAAGGGAAAAUUGCUGAAGCAGCAGAUGUUCUUGAAGAAGGUGUCCAAGGCAGCCAAGCCUCAGAAAUAGUUGGGGACUGGGUUAAGAGAGCCAGAAAUAGAGCCAUUACAGAGCAAGCUCUAACCCUUCUCCAAUCUUAUGCCACUUCCAUCAGCCUUACAUAAAUCUGUGAUUUUGAUUACUAUUUUUGUAUUUUUGGGGGCUUGCAAGUUUUAAUGUUAGCCCUUUUGAGAGUCAGAAAAUUCAUUGAUUUGGUAGUCGGCCUAAUUUUUUUUCUUCAGUACUGAUAUAUACAAACACAAAUCAAGAAAACGUUCAACUAAUAAUUGUUCAGAACAAGGAAAUGACUUGUAUUUUCACAACUGAGAAUUCUGUGGAGCUUUGAUGUUAUAGAGAAAUGGCUUCUUGUCCAUUUCUGAAAAAGAAAGAAAAAUCUUAUGAAUAAAAUUUUGCUUCUUCUUCUUUUAUGUGUA